GACAUGGCGACUGACGGUCACUCAAUAUCGGAUAGAGUCAGGCUGUCCAACCGCAUCCUCGAUGUGCGAACUCCAUCCACACAAGCAAUUCUCCGAGUUCAGUCGGCUGUUUGCAGGACUUUCCGGAGAUAUCUGGAUGACUGUGGCUUUCUGGGGAUUCAUACACCAAAGUUACAAGGCGGCGGAACCGAGGGUGGAGCUGACGUCUUCAAGCUCGAUUACUUUAGACGUCCGGCUUUUCUAGCUCAAAGUCCCCAGUUUGCCAAACAAAUGUGCAUCUCUGCAGACUUUCCUCGUAUCUUUGAGGCUGGUCCUGUCUUCCGCGCUGAAAACUCGAACACUCCCCGCCACAUGACCGGGUCUACCGGAUUGGACCUAGAAAUGGCCAUAGACAGGUAUUAUCAUGAGGCCAUAAACGACAUUGAUACCCUGAAACAUCACUUCCCACAUGACGACCUGGUCUGGCGGGACGAGACAGCGAGGCUCACAUUUGCGGAAGGAGUGAAGCUGCCGAAUGAAUCAGGGUGGACCGACGACGACGCAAGCCAACAAUACGAGCACAACGACCUACCCACUAGGGCCGAACGAAGACCGGGAGAGUUGGUCAAGGAGAAAUAUCACACCGAUUACUACAUUCUCGACAAGUUUCCCGUGGCGGCCCGUCCUUUCUACACCAUGCCAGAUCCCAAAGAUGACAACGUCACAAAUUCGUUCGAUUUCAUGGCUCGAGGACAAGAAAUCCUUUCUGGUGGGCAACGGAUCCACGAACACGCACUGUUGAAAGAGCGAAUGGAAAAUCUAGGCAUGAAUCCGGAUGGCCUGAAGGAAUAUGUGCAAGCUUUCGAGUGGGUAGCUCCACCUCACGCCGGGGCCGGUAUCGGCCUGGAACGUCUUGUCGCCCUUAUCCUGGAUCUGGGCAAUUUGCGCCACGCGUCGCUAUUCCCUCGCGAUCCCAAAAGCUUUCCCACCACCAAAGAACCGAACCUGCGGCAUCCUGGAGACACUACUCUGCAGCGGCCCAAGGGAUAUCUUCAGCCACUUGCGCAGCCAUCGCCCACGUCGCCACGCACGACCGGGCAAUCAUUGCCGGAAAUCCGCUCUGCGAAAACGAGCCAACUUGAAGACGUCGUUAUCGCAUUCCUGACGUGGCUCCGACGGAAGACUCGUCUUUGGCCUUUCUUUAUUCUGGUCGACAAAGAAGUGGAAGAGGUCCUCGGCGAUAAGCUGGGAUGGAAGAGUUUUACCAACGUGGCAGAGCAGCGGGCCAAUCUGGCUAACAACGAGCAUUUGACCAUUAACAGCGACGUUGACCGCAAGAUCAGGCACGCCUCGAAGGAAGCCGUGAAAGUGACUGAAUAUGGCAGUGACGUAUAG